UCUUCUCAUUAUAUCUCACGAACCUUCUUGUACGUCUUUAAAGCAUUAAUACAAAUUUUGUAUAGUUGGUUUCCUCAAUGCAUCAAUCUCAUAUCUUCUACUAUCAUAUACGAAGGAUUUCUGACUAUGAUACUUGAUAAGAAACCCGGCUUGCUCAGUGCUCUCUGCUACAUUGGGAAGAGAGGUCUGUGUUCAAAAAGCUAUGGAGUGCAAGUGCAUUCUUCCCAUCCGCACCGCAGAUGUAAAAUACGGAUCAUACAGAGCAGUCUUAUGCAGUAG